AUGGGCACUUUUGCGCGUUCUUCUCGUCAGGGUGCACCCACAUCUGAUGACGAGCGAGAAAUGGAUGAACGCUUUCAUGCAUAUACGUCGGGAAAAGGCGUAGUAGAUGAAUCUAUAAAUUCCGGAAGUAAGCGUAAGUUUAGUGGCCAGGGUCAGUCCAGCAAGAACCCAAAAAUGGACGAUGCACUGCAAUCAUGGCAACGUUCAUGUGAAGUACGUGAACGGUUUUACCUUCAAGCCGAGGCCAGUGCUGGGGCAGCUGAUGCGUACUCCGUUGCAGCAUGUAUGACCAUCCUAAAAUCAAUAGCCCUGGAUUCGAGCUUGUUUUUGAAGGCCAUGAACAUGUUCACAUCACUAGAAUGGCGAACCAUGUUUAUGACCAUGGAACCGGAAAUGAGAUGUCGUCGUCACGAUCCAAUGGAAGGCAACCGAACAGACUGUGUGGGGGCCAUAGAUGGCACACAUGUUGUUGUUGUGGCACCAGAAGGUGACCAAAUGCCAUAUCGAGGUAGAAAAGUGCAUACAACUCAAAAUGCCAUGGCUGCAUGUUCAUUUGACAUGAGGUUUACGUUUGUAUACACUGGUUGGGAAGGUAGUGCACACGAUUCGCGAAUUUUCCUAGAAGCACUUACCACAAAUUCUGCUGACUUUCUACACCCACCACCUAACAAGUAUUAUCUCGUUGACGCCGGGUAUACACACAUGCCCGGGUACGUAGCCCCAUAUCGUGGCCAAAAAUACCAUUUGCAAGAGUUCAAUAGGCGGCGUCGCUACCAUGGUCCACAGGAGUUGUUCAACCAUAGACAUUCUUCUUUGAGGAAUGUUAUAGAAAGAACCUUUGGAGUAUUGAAGCAACGGUUUCCAUUAUUGAGAUACAUGCCACGGUAUGAUAUGGUACGACAAGGGCCAAUCGUUAUGGCAUGUUAUGUUCUCCACAAUUGGAUCCGGACGGUGCAAGAGCAGGAUGAAUUUUUCGAUGCAGAAGAAUCAAGUGACGAAGAUGAAGAUGACGUUGAAGACGAAGAUGAAGAUGAAGGUGGAGGUGAAGGUGCAAGUCAAGUUCAGGGUGAAGUUGGAGUUCAAAAUGUCCACGGAAAUGAAGAUGGAGUACCAACUAUGCAACAACACAACCAUGUGAACAUGUCACGUGAACAACUAGUGCAGAUAGGACAAUGGCGAAAUGAGGUUGCAGCAUCUAUGUGGGAGGCAUACAACAAUAGGUAUAUGAUAACAAGUAGGUAG